AUGUCUGCGCAGGGAAACAACGCGCCGCUAGUCAACCGACCAAGCACCGCCGCGGACCAGAUUGGCCAUAGCCGCCCGUUCACCCCGGAUGCGGCUUUUCGUAUCCCUCGCAAUAUGAACGAAGGCGAUACCUACGGCGGGGCCGGCGGGAUACCCCAGCAGAUCGAGGAGGUUUACCAGGUCAAGUUUGACGCAAUCGGCAACCGUUAUGUGAGCCGUGAACUGCCCUUCGUUCCCUCCCAAGCCGAGAUCAACAACUUCCUUGCGCUGGAAGCGGAGGCUGAAACCCAGCGUCUAAUGUGCGAUAAUCUCCCUUUUAUGCCAUCCUCCUCCCCGGGUCGCCUCGUUGACAAUCAUAACCUCAUCCCGGACAUGACUGCGCCGCCGCUGUUCACCGACGGUAUUCUCGACCCGAACUGUAAUCUACGCGAACACAUGUUGAGCACGAACGCUCCUGAGCGUCUGUUCGGUCAGGAUAUUGCUCUCUUCGACACCGGCAACGCUAGCUUCAGCGAAGCGCGUGACAUAGUCAGUGCUACCCCCGAUAGCAGCAACUACACCGAGAGCGGAUCUGAUGGUGAGGAGCCCGGGAGCAAGAUGGCCAAAACCAACAAAAACGGAGCCCCACGCAAGCCGCGUGCCCCUCGUGCUCCCCUUCUGAAAUGGAACGCGGAAGACUACAUCAAGGGCUUGUUCGGAAUCGUCUUCGCCUGCGGAGAGCUUGGAAUCCAGAUUCCGUUCGACAUGGCUGCACAGGUCGUGUCCGACACCUGCUCCGGUGGCGCCCUACAGCAAGCCCUGCUCAAGCAGCGCGUCAAGAUGAACAACGAUGGCUAUCAGAUUCCAACGCUGAAAAUGUCAUGGACCCGCAAGGGCGACAAGUCUGCCAAGGGUUCAGACAAGGUUAACCUCAACUCCAAACCGAAAGCCACCGGAGGCCUGCGCACCACCCUUCCACGCCGCAAACCCACUAAGCGUGCUAGUCACGGUUCUUUCAUCAUCACCUUGAAGCUGGCCUACAAAGAGGACGCCCGCUGGAUGUUCCCGGCUCCUUACACCUUGCAGUUCGGGAUCAUCGAUCUUCCUGAGCUACUCUCUUCUAUCCAGCAGGUUCAGGCUUUGGGCUCUACCGGGACCUUUGACGCCUCCCUCUCGUCUCUCGGUCAAGGUUUCCAGAACCCCCAUUCCCCCGGCAAUCCCUAUGCCUCUGCUUCGACGGUCUCUGCUACCGCUGGUACGAAUGCUGGUGUUUACACCUCCUUGACUCAAGGCCCGAGCAACAUCGUCACCCAUGGGCACAAUAUUGGCACAGCUACUCAGGCUGGCCUCGGCAACGGUAUCUUUGGUGGCCAUCCCUACACCUCUGCCCAGCAGCAGGCUCCUCCCACCGCGCAUGCUCUCAAUGGUUGGGGUGCAGCUCCGUCUCUCCAGUGGCAGAAUCCCGGUCAGUCUCAGAAUACCCCGUACGGUCACGGCAGCAACGUCACCAGCCAUGGCCGAGGCGGCUAUAACAACAACUUCACCGGUCAUGGCCGAGGCGGCUACAACUAG